AUGUCAGAAUUUAAAGCUCCUCCUCUCGAUGUAUCAUCUAUCCUUCACGGAGGUAUACAUCACCCAACUCUUCGAUCAUGGCAAUCGAACGGACGAAAUCUCACGAAAUCGAUGUUCAUCUACCCGAUCUUCAUAUCGGACGAUCCAGAUGCGGAAGAAGUCAUCAGCUCUUUGCCAGGACAGAAAAGAUGGGGAUUGAAUAAAUUGGAAGCGUUCUUAGAUCCGCUGGUGAAGAAGGGUCUUAAAGGUGUUAUACUGUUUGGUGUACCUAUGAAGAUGGAGAAGGACGCCCGCGGUAGUGCCGCCGACGAUCCAUCGACACCCGUCAUCCAAGCUCUUCAUCUCCUCAGCAAGCUCUUCCCUCAGCUCAUGCUCACCGUCGACGUAUGCCUAUGCGAAUACACCUCUCAUGGUCAUUGCGGUAUCUUAUCUUCUUUACCUAACCCCGGACACUCCAACCAGCCUACUAUCGAGAUGGAACCUUCCGCUCAGAGGAUCGCGGAAGUCGCUGUCGCAUAUGCCAAAGCGGGUGCUCAUUGUGUGGCUCCCAGUGACAUGAUGGAUGGAAGGAUCAGAGCCAUCAAGUUGGGAUUGAUGCAUGCUGGUCUGGCGAAUAGAUGUGCCCUGAUGAGUUAUUCUGCUAAAUUUGCAAGUGGAUUAUAUGGCCCAUUCAGAGACGCUGCUGGUUCAGCACCUUCGUUCGGUAACAGGAAAUGUUAUCAACUUCCUCCCAACGGUCGAUCACUGGCUCGACGUGCAAUCCAACGAGACGCAAGGGAAGGAGCCGAUAUCUUGAUGGUCAAACCGGCCUUACCAUACCUCGACAUCAUAUCAGAUUGUGCUCAGUAUGCACCUGAUCAUCCAACGGCCUGUUACCAGGUAUCAGGUGAAUACGCGAUGGUCGUAGCCGGUGCCGAAAAGGGUAUAUACGGUUUGAAGGAGAUGGCUUUUGAGACUACGGAAAGUAUGGUAAGGGCCGGUGCGAGUAUCAUCUUGAGUUAUUUCACUCCCCAGUUCCUUGAUUGGUUGGAUGCAGAACAAUAG